UCUCCUAGGAGUUUCAAGUUAUUAUUUAUCCCUUGUUUUUUUUCAACUAUGGGAGCUCCAUCGGAGGCACAGAUAUCAAGAAGAACCGGAGGAUGGAUCACCUUCCCCUUCAUCAUAGCGAGCUUAGUAGGGUUGACCCUAGCAUUUGGAGGUUUGACGAGCAAUCUUAUUGUGUAUCUGAUUAAGGAAUUUGAUGUGGAGAGUAUUGAUGCUGCUCAAAUAACAAAUUUGGUUAAUGGUGCUGGAAGCUUAACUCCUGUCCUUGCUGCAAUUGUUGCCGACUCUUUUCUUGGUUGCUUCUCUAUCAUUUGGAUUUCAUCCAUCAUCUCAUUAUUGGGUGCAAUCCUUUUAACGCUAACAACGACAGUUGAUUCAUUGAGGCCUACAACGUGUGAAGUUGGUUCAACCUCAUGUACCCCUAAACCAAAAGUUCAAUAUGUAGUACUCUAUGCAGCCAUUGCUUUGGUGACUCUGGGUAAUGCUAGUCUCCGAUCAACCCUUUCAACAAUGGGAGCGAACCAAUUUGAUAAACCAAAAGAUCAAGGGAUUUUCUUCAAUUGGUUUUUUUUCUUCCUUUCUGGUUCUACUAUUGUAGCAUCCACAGCUAUUGUGUAUGUUGAAGAUAACGUGAGCUGGAAAGCUGGAUAUAUCAUUUGUGUAGCAGCUAAUGUAGUUGGUGCAGCCAUUUUUCUAUUGGGGACCAGAUUUUACAACAAUUCUAAGCCAGAAGGGAGUCCUUUCACCAGUUUGGCUCGCGUUGUGGUUGCAAGUAUUAGGAAAAGAAAGUUGCCACUCCCAUCGACUAGUGAAGAUUUCUACCACGGACUAAUGCUUGUUGAGCCUUCAAAAACCUACAGGUUUUUGAACCGUGCAGCCAUUAAAAGUGAAGGUGAUGUUAAACCAGAUGGGUCAACAGCUAAGUCAUGGAGACUUUGUUCAGUCCAAGAAAUUGAAGAUUUCAAAACCUUAAUUAAAAUUUUACCACUAUGGUCAACUAGUUUUUUUCUUGGCACAACAAUUGGCGUACAAGGAAGUUUGUCAAUCCUUCAAGCCUUAUCAAUGGACCGUCAUAUAGGACCCAAUUUCCAAAUCCCAGCUGGCUCCAUGCUCGUUUUUGUCAUGCUCUCUACCGCUCUAUUCCUCGCCCUGUUCGACAAAUUUCUAUUUCCUACGUGGAAAAAUUUGUCUGGCAAAUCACUUACACCUCUCCAGAGAAUUGGGGUUGGGCACGUGCUCAAUUUUUUGUGUAUGGGUGUCUCAGCCAUAGUCGAGUCAAAGAGGCUAAAUGUAGCAAAAUCCAAUCAAGGUUCCAUUAUUGUGCCAAUGUCAGCUUUAUGGCUUGUGCCACAAUUAGCACUUGUUGGUAUCGCAGAGGCAUUUCAUCUUCCUGGACAAGUAUCAUUGUACUACCAAGAGUUCCCAAUAACCUUAAAGAACUUGGCGACCGCGAUGAUAUCCGUGCUUAUUGGUAUAGCAUUUUACUUGACCACUGCUCUAAUUGAUGUUGUUAGAAGGACAACUACAUGGUUACCAGGUAACAUAAAUAAUGGAAGAUUGGACAAAGUGUAUGGGGUAUUGGUUGUAGGGGGAGUAUUGAAUUUUGGUUACUAUGUAAUAUGUGCUUGGUUUUACAAGUAUAAAAACAUCAAGGCAGUAGUGGAUCAUAGUGAUUCUCCUUCUCAUGAGUGA